AUGGCCGCCGCUGCACAGUUCGACCCGCCGAAUCUAGACUGGGUAACACCAGACAUGUAUCAGGAAUUUUGUUACUUUAAGCAGCACGUACAGUUUGUAUUCAAAGGACUACUUACAUCUGCUAAGGACAAAGAUCGAGCCACAGGGACUUGGUCCUUGCGAGCAAGUCCCUGUGAUCGAGCAGGAUGGCUGGGAAUCUGGGUCGGUAAACAAGGACGUGAAGUGUACAAGACAUUUGAGUGGGACUCUGGAGACGAGGACAAACCCAACAAAAUUCUAGACAAAUUCCAGGCAUACGUUAGCCCAAGGAAACAUAAACGAGCAGCCCGAUUCAAGGUGAAACAGAGAAAACAAGGUGAGAGUGAGCUAUUUGAUAACUUUGUUAAAGACUUGAAGCUAAUCAUUAUGGACUGUGAAUACACAAACCCCGAUGAUGUCCUGAUAGACGCUAUAAUGGACAUUUGCGAAAUAGCUCCAAGUCUGAAGUCUGAUGUCCACUGUCCGCUAUUUCGCAAAUGUCCAAUAGCAGGAGUCAGACAUGUGAAGGUACAAGAAAGACUUUUGGAUCAAGGUAGUGACCUUACACUCGCAAAAGCUCUCAGCAUUGGUCGUCAGUAUGAAAACUCACAGAAACAGCUUAAACUCAUUCGAGGAAGUGAGAAUCAGACAGUCACUCAGGAGGUUUCACAAAUACAUGCCGAACAUAAAAAGAUGUAUCAGCACAAACCUCGUCACAAAACAAAGAGACAUAAGAAACAGCCUUACGUACCCAAAGCCAAAAGUGAGAAGUGUAGUAGAUGUGGGCUUGGCCCUACAGGAGGCCAUGCAAAAUCAGGUCAGUGUCCGGCAAUCGGAUCAACGUGCAAAUAUUGUCAUAAGAAGGACCAUUGGAUAGCCGCAUCCCGAAAACGUACAAGAGGAGUUAAUACACUACAGGAGACAGAUAGUGAAACCAGUUCCUCAGAUGAAGGAGUACUUCACAUAUACAGUGCACAAGAUGACAGUUCUGUGGCUAAUGACAAGUGGGUAGUCAAAGCAACCAUCAACAGUAAGCCUGUGAAAUUCAGAAUAGACACCGGGGCAAAGUCUUCAAUUAUUGUGAAUUCAGUGUUCGACUCUCUUGGAUCUCAGGCACAGACUCGCAAGAGUACAAAAGUUCUCAAAUCCUACACUAAUCAUAGGACCCGUCCCUUAUACAGUGUUGACCUUCCAAUCAAACAUAAAGGAAAGCAGAAACUGGAUACCAGGAUCGAUAAUCAACCAGAAUCCAAGUUCAAAGACUUUCCUGAGCUCAUUAAAACUUCAGGAACCCUGCCUGGAGAACACAACAAUGAAAUAGAUCCAGAUGCCGAAGGAGUUAUUCAUGCAUCUCGUAGACAGCCAGCAUCACUGAAACCAAGGAUCAUAGAAAAACUCAAGGAAAUGGAACAGAAUGGUUACAUUACAAAAGAAAAUACCUCAACUGAAUGGGUCAGUUCGAUAGUCAUAUCUAUGAGGAACGAUAAGAUUCGCAUCUGUUUGGACCCGUCCGAUCUGAACAAAGUCGUCAAGAGAGCUCAUCACCCCAUGAAAACAGUCGAGGAUAUCGUUUCAAACAUACCAAAUGCACAUGUUUUCUCCAAGCUAAACGCAAAGUCCGGAUUCCUCCAAAUUAAGCUGAAUGAGAAAUCAUCAUACCUAACAACCUUCAAUACUCCAGUAGGAAGAUACAGAUGGCUUCGUCUUCCAUUUGGCAUUAAAUCUGCACCUGAAAUCUUUCAGCAUAUCAUGGAUCAGAUGCUUGAAGGGAUAGAACAGCAGCAGCAGCAGUAA